GGAUCGUCGGAAGGGGCAUCGGCAUCACGCAGGAGGGGCAAAUGCAAAUGGUUCAAUGUGGCCAAAGGUUGGGGUUUCAUCACACCCAUGGACGGCGGACCUGAUGUCUUUGUGCACCAAUCUGUCAUUCAAAUGCCGGGCUUCCGGAGCCUGGGCGACGAGGAGGAGGUGGAAUUCGACUGCAAGGUGUCCGACAAGGGCCUCGAGGCCACCAUCGUCACGGGUCCCGAGAGCCAGGACUGCAAAGGAUCCCACCGGAGGCCCAUGUCCAAAAAAAGAUUCAGAAAGAUCAGGUGCUAUAACUGCGGGGAAUUCGCGAAUCAUAUCGCGGCUAAGUGCACCCUGGGUCCACAGCCCAAGCGCUGCCACCAUUGCAAAUCCGCCGACCACCUGAUAGCCGAUUGCCCCCAGAGGGAGACCAAAGAGAAAGGAUCACAAGCCAAGACCAAUGGCGCGCCCCAUCCCACAUCCGACACCCCUUCCUCCUUCUCCCCCUCAUGCUCUCCUGAGGAGGAAGAUGCCGAGGAGAAUGGUCACGAGUAACUCAGGGACUACUCAUUCCCUUCUCCGUUCAAAUCUCAUCUCUAGUCCUCAGAUCCUGGUUGCUUGACUUUCCCGAAUUUUGUGUGAUGACAAUGUGUUUCGUCGCGGCCACGGUGAACGAGAAAAACUGCGCCCUUUCUGCCUUGUUCAGGAGUUGUAAAUACUUUGCACGACGUCUUUACAAUAAAGGCUUCCAGCUGUUACUUUAAAAAGUGAGCAGUCGGUGUUUUGGAUUCAUGUACCUUUGCGAAUCAUCUUUAUGCUCACAAAAAUCUUUACCCGGUUUUUAUCUUCGCAACCGUUGGUCUUAAACAUAUACUUCCAGUUGUAAAAGUGUUUUAAGUAAUGCAGAUGCCCUUUUUCAUAUUUUUUAAUUAAAAAAUGUAUAAAAUAAAAAACCUAACUUUUUGCAUGUUCUUCCUGUCCCUAUAGUUAUAUUUUGGAAAAUUUUGUACUCGUUAUAAAAAAUAAAACACAAAAAGUAACAGUCUCGUACAAUAAAAAUUGACUGAGGUAUUUGAUACUACAAUUGGAAAUCAUAUUCAGGAGCCGGAUACUAAUUAAAGAGCAAAAUGUAUGCAUUUACACGUAAUUUAAAAUAAAAUACAGGUUUAGAAAAAGGUUUCUGAUAUAAGUAGAUUAAGCCAUAAGCACUUCUGUGCUAAUUAUCGUGAGAAAUACUGACCAAUGCAAUUAUUUUGUUCAAAAUGGAGAUUUUAUUCACAGAAUCUUACGGAAUUCCUGUUCUAGGAAAACACUGGCAGGCUUCAAUAUUGGCAUGUAACCAGCUCAAUAUUAUCUACAUUAAUUUUAUUAAAAAUGAGAAAUAGGUUUCAUUAAUGAAUGUUUUGUAAAAUUACCAAAUUAUGAUUCUAAAAUAAUAAAACAUGAUGAGAAUAUUAGUAACGUAUUUUUAGACUUCGAAAACAUAUAUAUAUCUGAGUUAAAAUUAUUGUGUACCAAAUAUAUGUGUACCGAUAAAUAUACCAUAUGUAAUAAAAUUCUAAAAAAGGCAAUAGUAAAUUAAAAAGGAAUAUCAUUGAGCGGCAUUUAAGGGGAAAAAACCAACGCUGAAUUACCUUUAUUUAUUUAUUAAUCGGCUUUCAAUACAAAUUCAAAAUGAUGUCACGUAUCGCAAAUUUUGAAAUUCAACAUCUUGGUCAAUUUUUGUCAUUUGCAGCCAAACAUUUUCUGCUUCACCUUUUGUAAUGAAUACAAAAUUUUCUAAAUAUAAUGGCAUAAAAUUAAAUAAUAUAAUAAAUAGGAAAUGGAGGAAUGUUUAAAAUAUUAGAUUUUCUAUUUUAUACAGAAAUUUUUUUUAAAUUAAAAAGCAACUCAACUUGGAUAUUUGCGUCAUUUAAAAUAUUUUUGUAGUCGGAAGCGUAAUCUACGACCAACACUUGCGAAAAGGAGGCUAGGUGAGGACUUAAGUGGACACUAUAUAUACUAUAUUCAUCGUAACAAAAUUCAGUUUAAUGUUAAAUCAAGGGAAAUGCAAAAUAAUUUAAGGAAAUGUGACAUUAAAAAAUUAGCAAACAAUCUGAACUUAGAUUUUUAACUGAAAUACUUUCCUGAAAGAAGACAAUUCGAAGAUUUAAAAGCAGAUUUUUAGAGAUAAAUUUGAAGCAAAACUUAUAAAUCUGAAAUAGUUCUCUGAAAUGAAAAUUAUUCAAAAAUUUUAAUUUUCUUUUUAACUUAACGAGGGUCAAUGAAUUGCAAUUAUUAUCUCGAGUACGAACUUUGUGCAUUGCUUCAUACGUUAUGCAUUUGUUAUUGUGCGUACUUCUAUAGAAAAUACCAGCUAUUUAAUGUUUGUAACAUAUAAUUUAUCAUACUCUGUUAAUUUUAAAUAUUUUUUCCAAUUUUAAAUAAGUUUUAAAAAAUUAAUGAUAAAUUUUGAAAAUUGAAAAGUAAAUAAAAAAUAAAACUAAAUUUAUUUUUAAUAAAAAUUCGUCAUUUGCCAUACUUUUCAGUAAGCACUAUGAACUAAAAUGAAUUAUUGAAGACUGAACAAAUAUGGUGUUCAUUCUUUAAAUAAAUUUACUGAAAAGAUAUUUUUGGAAGAAAUUUUAAUUAAUGGCUUAUUAGCAGCAAAUAUAUGUUUUUAUAUUUUAAUACAAUUCAAUGUCUUCACUUUUGAUUUCUUGAAUUAACUGUUUACUCUUCCAACAAAUAAUCUAUGCAACAAUUUAGAUUGUAAAUAAUUUUGUAAAAUCUCACAGUUUUAACAAAAUCAUUCGCGAAUCAGUUAAAGCACUUGCUUCAAUCAAAACAUAUCCCCAUAGCACUUGAUACAGGAUUUAUCCACAUGUUUAUCCUCCCUCUUCUGAACAGGCGAAAGCCAAUCUUUGAAAAAAUAAAAGUAAAAAUAAUGUCUGAUGUGAUUGCAAUUCGAAAUUUUAUGGUAAUGAAAGAAUCUUUCUGUAUCAUAGUUCAUGUACUAAAUUCUUUUGACGCACAGGCAGAAAGGGUAAUAAAGAAUCUUCGAACAUUGAAAGUAUUUUCUUCACCAUGUGAAUGUUAUAUGGGACAAGUUUGGCGUGUAUUGUAUUUGUAGAUGGAUGAAAAUAUCGUAUUGAAACGAAAUACUGCUUUUAUUAUAAAACGAGAAUGUGACUUUCAUGUGCAAACAGUAAUUUUUAAUAAAUAACAAAACAUAUUCUCAAUUUUUUAUUCCAUAUACAUAUGAAAUUAAUGCAAGAAUGGAUCACCAGGUAAUAAAGAUCACCUAAGAUAAUAAAUAAUUCAAGAAGUAAAAUGUUUAAAAAAAGAAUUGAUUUAAUAUUAAAAAAAGAAAUUAAUUCGACCUAAUUACUAUGUUUUAAAUACUCCCCGACAGAUAGCAUUACCAACUAUCUACACAAACGGGAUAUUGUUUGUGCUGCCAUCUGUUGUGCAAAAUGUAUACUGAACACUUCCUUCAAUCUUGAGUUUUAGAAUUGUCAUAUAGAUGGCAACACGUAUUUUAUUUUCCAUUUUUAACUAGCUUCAUGAAUAAGAAUAAUAUGAGAUUAAAUUAUUAUUCCAUUUAAUUCAAAUAAGUAAUAAUAAUUUCGCGGUUAAUUGAACAGUUUUUUUUUUUUUUUUUUUUUUUUUAAGCUAAUUUUUCCAUUUCUCCCUGUAAUUUGCUAUACUAAAUUGCUUUACGGUUUUAAUUCAGAAUAAAAACAAAAACGUGCAAUUUAAGUUAGCUGUGCAAUUACGCUUUAUUAAGAAGAAAAUUUCUUCUACAUAAUAUAUAAAAUCUACAGCGCAUUAUUUCAAAUAUGGAUAAAUUCACGAUUGUUGACCAGUACUGAGAACUGCAUGACAAUGAGUAUUAUUAUUUCCAUUCAUUUAAGUCUCAUCUUAGGAUAUUAACACACAAAAAAGUCGGAAUGAUAUAGAAAUGUCUAUCUUCGCAUUAGCAAAACCUGCUGACUAGAAGCUUUUGCCAGAGUACAAAUUUUCCUUUAUGAACCCAUUGCCAAUUUAACUUUUGUAAUCAUAUUUAUUUCAGAACAGAUUGGAGCAAAGCGCAUUAGGGUUUUUUGCCUGAUGGUAAGGAGGUCUUUCUAAGGGAAUUGGCUUGAGUAACGGAAGGGUAGGAUUGUUGUUAUAUAUCUUUUAACCUUUCGGUUCUUCAAAAGGAAAAAUAAAUUUAAAACUAAAAAUUAUAGUUCAGUUUUUGGUUACGUUGCACUUUUAUAAGCGUUCUUCGUUAAGAGGUCUUGAUUUCUGAGAAUAUCUAUAAUAAUAAAAAAAUUUUCAUCGUCUAUUUGGUUUAUUUUUCUGACAGGUAAACAUGUGUUUCGUAUAUUUCUAAUGACAAAACAUCACUCGGCAUUUUCUGAAAUCCUCUUCUUUUCUCAAAAUACUUUAAAUUAUUUGCAUGACUUCUAUAUAAACGAAAUGAAUUUGAAUACUGGCCCACUUUUAACACUGAUCAUAUGUUUAAUUAUUAUUUACAACUACUUUUGGCCUGCUGAUGAUCUUAGUAUGCUUUCCUUACAACUCACUUUUUGUCAUUUUACAGAAAUUCUUGAUUAAUUUUUUAACUAAUAAAAACAGAAGAAUAAAAUUCAAACUGAGAUGAAAAUCUGUAAGCUUUGAAAAAGCUACCCAGUUAGUAAGUAGAUUAAUUAAUGCAGAAACAGACCAACUCUGGUGGCCUGGAGUAGGAGCAUGACAGGUGGACUUCAUUUUAAGAAAUCCUUACUAACAUUUUUUUCAUAAGCAAAGAAGUACAAUUUUUUUAAGGAUUCAAUCAAAAUUUGUAAUUCUUUGGAAAAAUUACCCAGUUAGCAAUCAGAAUCAUAACACCAGGUGUGGUGUCUGACAGCAUGUAUAACGCCGGAACUAUAAAAGUGCUACAGUGACCGAAAAUAUAUUAUUAAGAUUAAAUGACUUAUGACAAUGAAAUUAAGAGAAAAUUAAUGAAAUUAAGCUUGUUUAAGCCGUCUUGUUUGUUAUCAUCCAAUUGCAGCACCAUCCAAACUCAGACCUUAGGGGUGAGGAGAACAAAGUCCUUCAAAUUCAGACCUUAGGGGUGAGUUCAAACUCAGAAGGAGGGGGAAAAAAUCUAAUAGAGUUUUUGAUUUGUUACAACAUCUUAAAAUUGGUCAAUUUAAGCUAUCUUGUACAGAAAUUCAUGCCUGAUUUCAAAUAGCAAACACUAGGAGAAAAGUUUAUAUUAAUUUUAACUCAAUUUUCAUGAAUUCAGUUUUUUAAAAAAUAAGUAAACAGGGCAGAUCUUCAUCGACGAUUGCUGAAUUUGGUCAGUGUAUGGCUGAUAAGCUGCUAUCGUGAAAAAUGUCAUUUUGAAUUAUUUUAUCAGCAACCUAUUUUAAACUUUCCUAAAAGCGAAUUCUGUAAAUAAUCAGAAAUGAAAAGUCGCGUAUUAUGAAGAAAGUUUACGUACUGCAUUUUAUGGUAGUUUAUGCUUUUGUGACUGAUGAAAUUACUAGUUUUAAUUAAAGAGCUACUGAGUAGCUUUCUGACAACCCAUUUUUAUCAAAUGGCUUUAAUCUAAAGCAUAAUCAACUGCUUUUGCUGGAAUGAAGGAAACUAUAAAUUAGCUUUUAAUAAAAACAUUGGUUUUUAUAUUUUUUACUGCCUUGUCAUGAAAAUCGCAAUUUCCUGUCACAUUCGAACUGAUACGACAUAUCUGUUCAUGGUAUUCGAUAAAAUUCUUCAUCGGCUCAAAGCCAAAUCAUUUUAAAAUAGUUCGGAAAGACUAAAAAGAAACAUAUAAUGUUGGAGGUGAGCACUCGAUCUCCGUGUAACGUCGUCGUUGUUUUAAUUUGGAUGGAACCAAUCCUCCACCAUCAGCAUGAAUGUGAAAAGAUCUUCUUUUGUGUGUAUGUACAAACAUUUUAGUGAAGAACUUCGGUUUUAAAAUGUUUCAUCUAUUGUUGCUUAAUAAACAAGUUUGAAACUUUUUAAGAAAACUGUAAUGAAUAAAAUUAGAAGGUAUUACAUUAUAAAUAAAGAAGUGAAAGUA